AGGUGGAACAACGCGAUGUCCCCGGCAUCGAUUGCGCUAACCUCGCCAUGGACACGGAGGAGGGUGUCGAAGUUGUGUGGAACGAGGUUCAGUUCUCCGAGCGCAAGAACUUCAAGGCGCAGGAGGACAAAAUACAGCUGGUGUUCGACAACCUCACCAGGCUAGAACAUCCCAAUAUCGUCAAAUUCCACCGAUACUGGACAGACACACACAACGACAAACCUAGGGUAAUAUUCAUAACGGAGUACAUGUCCUGCGGCUCCUUGAAGCAGUUCUUGAAGCGCACCAAGCGGAACGUGAAGCGACUACCGCUGCAAGCGUGGAAGAGAUGGUGCACGCAGAUACUGUCUGCACUCAGUUAUCUCCACGGCUGCGUGCCUCCCAUCGUGCACGGGAACCUCACGUGCGACACAAUUUUCAUCCAACACAACGGACUGGUGAAGAUCGGCUCGGUCGCUCCCGACGCCAUCCAUCAUCACGUCAAGACCUGUCGCGAAAACAUGAGGAACAUGCACUUUAUUGCACCGGAAUACGGAUCAUCACAAAUGGUGACGCCUGCGAUGGAUAUCUACUCAUUCGGAAUGUGCGCAUUGGAGACAGCGGCACUUGAGAUUCAGGGCAAUGGCGACUCUGGCAGCCACGUCACGGAGGAACACAUCGUACGGACGGUCGAGUCCUUGGAGGAGCCGCGCCAGAAGGACUUUAUAUACAGGUGUAUAAACAAGGACCCCGCCGCGCGGCCCACGGCGCGCGAGCUGCUCUUCCAUCCGCUACUGUUCGAGGUUCACUCGCUCAAACUGUUGGCGGCGCAUACUCUGGUCAAUACUACAGCGAACAUAUCGGAGACGAUCACGGACGAGGUGGCGGGCGGCAGCGGCGGCGAGGCGCUCGCCUGGACCGUCUGCGGCGGCGAGCGGCGCGAGCUGGCCGCGCGGGACCUGCCGCCGCACGCUGAGAAACUUGAGAAGUUCGUCGAGGACGUCAAGUACGGCAUCUACCCGCUGACGGCGUACGGGCGGCGGCGCGGCGCGGGGCGCGCGGCGUCCCCGGCCGAGCGCCUGGCCGAGUCGCAGCCCGCGUCGCCCGAGCCGCGCGACCUGGAGACACGACGCGUCGUCAACAUGAUGUGCAGCCUCAAGCCGCACCCACACCCGCACCCGCACCCGCACCCCGACACCUCGCCCGCCGACCUGUUGAUGACGAUCCUCCUGCGCAUGGACGACAAGAUGAACCGCCAGCUGACGUGCGCCGUGUCCCGCCGCGACACCGCCGCCGCGCUCGCGCACGAACUCGUGCAGCUCGGGUUCAUACACGAGGCGGACCGCGACAAGUUGUGUCGGCUGAUGGAGGAGUCGCUGCGCGGUAGUUUCGGUCACCCGGCGCGCGCGCAGCUGGCCAGCUAG